CACUCGGACUCUUCUCCCUCCCGACCUAAACCUUCGACAGUGUCGGAACCUUCCAGACAAAACCACACUCUUCUUCUCCUUCCUCUAUAUCUCUCCUCACUGUCAACACUUCUUCUUCAUUCUCCUCAUACUUACAAUCAAACAAUGGCUGAUCACGACCAAGGCGCCGUGACUCUCUACAGCGGCGCAGCCAUCACCGACGCCGCCAAGAAAAACCACUCCUUCUCCGUCAAAGUCGGCUUAGCUCAGGUCCUCCGCGGCGGCGCCGUCGUCGAGGUCUCCUCCGUAAACCAAGCCAAGAUCGCCGAGUCCGCCGGCGCAUGCGCCGUCCUCAUCUCGGAUCCGCCCCGAUCCGGCGUGCAGCGCAUGCCGGAUCCGGCCCUCGUCAAAGAAGUGAAACGCGCCGUCUCCGUCCCCGCGAUGGCACGCGCGCGCGUCGGCCAUUUCGUGGAAGCUCAGAUCCUGGAGCAUCUCGCCGUUGACUACAUCGACGAGAGCGAGAUCAUCUCGGUUGCAGACGAAGGUAACUUCAUCAACAAGCAUAACUUCCGAUCUCCGUUCAUAUGCGGGUGCCGCGACACCGGCGAGGCCUUGAGGAGGAUCAGGGAAGGAGCCGCGAUGAUUCGGAUCCAAGGAGAUGUUACAAGAACAGGGAACGUUGCGGAGACUGUGAGGAACGUUAGGAGAGUGAUGGGUGACGUUAGGGUUUUGAAUAAUAUGGAUGACGAUGAGGUUUUCGCGUUUGCGAAGAAGUUGUCUGCGCCGUACGAUCUCGUGGCGCAGACCAAGCAGAUGGGGAGGGUUCCUGUUGUGCAGUUCGCGUCUGGUGGGGUCACGACUCCUGCUGAUGCGGCGUUGAUGAUGCAGCUGGGGUGUGAUGGGGUUUUUGUGGGUUCGGAGGUUUUUGAGGGGGCGGAUCCGUUUAAGAGAGUGAGGAGUAUUGUUCAGGCUGUUCAGCAUUAUAAUGAUCCUCAUGUGUUGGCUGAGAUGAGUUCUGGGUUGGAGAGUGCGAUGGAGAGCUUGAGUGUGAGUGGUGAUAGGAUUCAAGGAAGUGUUUGAUGAAAAGGUUAAAAGGUUGGGAACGUGUUGGAGUUUGAAAAAAGUUGUAAUGUUUUCUGUUUUGUCUUGAUAUAUCGUUUGUGUUUGUGUUAAUUCUGGUGCAAAAUGAUGUUUUGUUUUGUUUAAUCCAAGCUUUUGAAACAUGAUGUUAAUUGUUAUUACCCAAAUUAUAAACAGACUCUAUUAUUAAA